AUGGAUGCUUUGCCUCAUUUAGAGAACACAAAUUUAGAGUAUGCAAGUACCAAGAUUGUUAAGCGUAGUGACGGAAAAGAAACACCGGCGAUGCACGCGUGCGGUCACGAUAUGCACACUGCUGUAUUACUUGCCGAUGAAAAGAUGCUUCUCGAAGCGAAAUCGGAAUGGUCUGGCACUUUGGUUGUCUUGUUUCGACCAGCGGAAGAGCUGGCAGUGGGUGCACGAGCCAUGGUCGAAGACGGUCUUUACGAUGCAUCCAAGUUCGCUGUCCCUAAGCCAGAUAUAGUACUUGGACAACACACGCAUGCUUUCAAAGCUGGUAUGAUUGCUCUUGGGCGAGGUGCGAUCUUAACAGCAGUGGAUUCAUUCGAUGUACGGAUUUUUGGGAAGAGUGGGCAUAUUUGUCGUGCCGACUUUAUUGUCAGAAAAGAAGUGCGACCAGAAGAAUUUGCGGUCAUUGGAUGUGCCAGUAUUCAUGUUGGCAGUACAGCAAAUAUCAUCCCAGAUUUUGUGGAUCUGAAAAUUUCAAUCCGGUCAUACAAUCCAAGCAUUCACGAACGCUUAGUUGAAGCGGUCAAACGUGUCGUUUACUCGGAGUGCGGGAUUUCUGGUUCUCUCGCCAUAAGAGAACCGAUAUUUACAACGACUAUGCAUGCCCCUCCCACCGUCAAUGAUUUUCCAGAGGCAGAAAUACUGAAGAAAUCUUUUGGAGAAUAUUUUGGAAGGAACUUGAUUCCAGCUGAUCAUUUUGGUGCCAGCGAGGAUAUCUCGUACUUGGCAUUGGGGUGUGACGCUCCUUAUGUUUUCUACAACUUUGGUUGUGUCGACCAGGAUACUUGGGAAGAGGCAAAGUUUAAAGGAACCAUGGAGGACAUUCCCCAUAAUCAUUCCGCAUUAUUUGCGCCAAAGAUCCAGCCAAUAAUGACUACUGCUGUAGAUGCCUUCGCACUUGCGGCUUUGACAUUCUUCCAUAGAGGCGGGGUCAAAUGA